GACCGAUUAGAAAGUUUUGGCCAGCAGAUUUGGCUUAUUUCUGAAAACAUCGGGAAGUUCGCCCAUUGUUUUCCCCGCCCCCAACUGCAUUACAGUAACUAGAAGUUCCGUUUGGUGGCCCUUCUACGUUUAGUGGAAGCCUAUAAGAAGCGAUCUGUGUUGUUGUCCUUUCCCGUGCUCAACGACAAAUUCCCGGGAGAUCAAUCUCCCGGUGCGUAGAAUCCCCCCUCCCCCCCUCGUCCCUCAUGAGGCGGUUGGCGAAGUGGCUGUUGGCUGGUACUCCACUGGGCUAGAGCAUUUUUUCCGGAAAGGUGGACAGAAAUCUCUUUAAAAACCUUUAGGCCGUCGGCAUUUUUUUAAAGGAGUUAGGCAUAACUACUAAGAGGAAAAAGAAAAGAAAAAGGCUAAAAAAGGAGAGGAUGAAAAGUGGGCACCCGUCCAAACGAGUCUUUUCCAAGUUGCUUCUCCCUCCCCAAGAUAUCGCAGCUUCCUUCACCAUCUUGAGAACUGAAGGAAAGGUCGCUGCUGAUUGGAGCGCACCCCAGCUGAAGACGAAGGAAGAAGUGAGCUGCUUGAAAAAUCGCACUCUCUAAUUGGACAUAAAAUGCGGGGAGGCGGGCCUUGUUGCCUGCUCUGUUCGGGUGAAGGUGAAUUGUAGGAUGUGCUUGUGUUCGUGCUAUCUUGCCUGGCGGCUGUUCGGGUUCGACUCGAGGCCAGUUGUGUAACAGCUGGUGGCGCUGAUUGGAGUUACGAGACGGUCCUGUGCCGUUUAAGGUUUCUAAGAACUUCGUCUGUUAGGUCAGCGGAGUGUUGGCGUAACCGCGAAAGGUUUUUUUAUAAACUCAAAUGCCCCUAGCUUUCUGGCAACCUGAGCCUCUUUCCAGAUGGUCCGCAGGGAAACAACGUGGAAUUGCAGUUAUCAAGGCUUAGAAACACCAACACAAAAGUGUAACUUAAUGGCGUCGAAGACAUCCCGAAACUAUUCGUGCGUCCAGUUACACAGUUUACCUACCGUAUACAGAGCUAUAAUUUUGUAAGGCGGAAACCCUGUAUAUGAGCCUGACUUGUUCUUUUUAGGAAAAGAGCGUCUGGUGACUUGAUGUUUGGUUUUGGAAAUCCCUUUAAGCAACAAGAAGAUAUUCAUUACAUCCCUUCUCCAUGAUUGCAUGAACAGUUGAUGUAACCAUGGUACUAAUACUGGGGCGCAGAUUGAACAGAGGGGAUAGUCGGGUCCAAGAAUCCCCUGUCACCAAGCGUAAAGUUUUUGAAAUGGACCCAAAGUCUUUAUCAGGCCAUGAGUUCUUUGAUUUUUCUUCUGGCUCAUCCCAUGCUGAAAGCAUACUUCAGAUCUUCAAUGAAUUUCGUGACAGUCGCUUGUUCACAGAUGUAAUAAUCUGUGUUGAAGGCAGAGAAUUUCCUUGUCAUCGUGCUGUUCUUUCAGCUUGCAGCAGCUACUUCAGAGCUAUGUUUUGCAAUGAUCACAGAGAAAGUCGGGAGAUGUUGGUAGAAAUUAAUGGAAUUUUUGCUGAAGCCAUGGAUUGCUUUUUACAAUAUGUAUAUACAGGCAAAGUAAAAAUCACCACGGAUAAUGUGCAGUACCUGUUUGAAACGUCAAGUCUCUUUCAAAUAAGUGUUUUGCGUGAUGCAUGUGCUAAGUUCCUAGAAGAGCAACUAGAUCCUUGUAACUGUCUAGGAAUUCAACGUUUCGCUGAUACACACUCUCUGAAAACACUCUUUACAAAAUGCAAAACUUUUGCACUGCAAAAUUUUGAGGAUGUGGCCCAGCAUGAAGAAUUUCUUGAGCUUGGAAAAGAUGAACUUAUUGAUUACAUUUGCAGUGAUGAACUGGUAAUAAGCAAAGAAGAAAUGGUGUUUGAAGCAGUUAUGCACUGGGUUUACCGGACUGUGGAAUCCAGGCGCUCAGUUCUACAAGAAAUUCUCACACAUGUGAGACUGCCUUUGUUACAUCCUAACUACUUUGUUCAGACAGUGGAAGUAGACCAGUUGAUUCAAAACUCACCUGAAUGUUACCAAUUGUUACAUGAAGCACGGAGGUACCAUGUCCUUGGAAAUGAAAUGAUGUCUUCAAGAACUAGACCACGAAGAUCAACUGGCUACUCUGAAGUUAUAGUUGUUGUUGGAGGUUGUGAGCGUGUUGGGGGAUUUAAUUUGCCAUAUACAGAAUGUUAUGACCCAAUGACAGGAGAGUGGAAAUCCCUGGCAAAAUUACCAGAAUUUACAAAAUCUGAGUAUGCAGUUUGUGCUUUGAGGAAUGACAUCCUUGUUUCAGGUGGGAGAAUCAAUAGCCGUGAUGUGUGGAUUUAUAAUUCUCAACUUAAUAUUUGGAUCAGAGUCGCUUCUCUAAAUAAAGGGAGGUGGCGUCAUAAAAUGGCAGUCCUCCUUGGAAAGGUGUAUGUGGUUGGAGGAUAUGAUGGGCAAAAUCGACUGAGUAGUGUGGAGUGUUAUGACUCUUUUUCCAAUCGAUGGACAGAAGUAGCUUCACUUAAAGAAGCUGUCAGUUCUCCAGCAGUUACCAGCUGUGUGGGCAAACUGUUCGUGAUUGGUGGAGGUCCAGAUGAUAACACAUGCUCUGAUAAGGUUCAGUCGUAUGAUCCUGAUACUAAUUCUUGGCUCCUUCGGGCAACAAUCCCCAUUGCGAAGAGAUGUAUUACAGCUGUAUCAUUAAACAAUCUCAUUUAUGUUGCUGGGGGACUCACAAAAGCGAUAUAUUGCUAUGAUCCGGUUGAAGAUUAUUGGAUGCAUGUGCAGAACACAUUUAGUAGACAGGAAAACUGUGGCAUGUCUGUCUGUAAUGGGAAAAUCUAUAUCCUUGGUGGGAGAAGAGAAAAUGGAGAAGCCACAGAUACUAUUCUUUGUUAUGACCCUGCAACAAGUAUCAUUACUGGAGUAGCUGCCAUGCCAAGACCAGUAUCAUACCAUGGCUGUGUGACUAUUCACCGAUACAAUGAUAAGAAGAAUUUUUGAGUAAGAAAUCAGGUUCAUAUUACUGUCAGAAUUUGUAGGGCAGGAAAGCAGCCUUUUCCAAAGUGUCAUCUGGAAAGAAACACUGUUGUGUUUAAAAUCUUGAUUGUUACAUAUUUCCCAUAAUUAUGAUUUUUAACUUCCUCUGAAAUCAUUAACAGUUGAUGUUACUAAAUAGAUCAUGCUCAUGUCCAUAUUGUAUUUUUUCAAGUUUAUUUCAAAUAGUUUUACCUGCAUUUUUCAUAUUUUCAAUGUGAUAAGUACUGUUUACUGUCAAUGUGAAAAAUUAAGUUUAUAUAUGAUUUAUGUGUAAAUGGUUUAAGUAAUAUGUUGCCCUUUAUUUUCUUUCACUUUGAAUUUAUAGUACCAUUAUUAGAAUAAUUUUUAAAAUAUUUGAAAAUAAUAUACACCAAUGUUGCUUUGCAUCAUCAUGAAAGAAUCAUAAAGAAUAUUAAAAAUAUUUAGGUCCAUCUAUAUAAAAAAAAUCACUGUUAAAGAGGUGUUUCUUUUUUUUUUUAGUAUGUGGUAUGUGACUAUUUUUCAUUUUAUUUCUAAAUGAGACCUUAAAACAUCUUAGUUACUUUUUAAAUCUUCAGAAUUUCCAUCUGAAAUUAAGUAUAGUAAAGAUCACAUCAUAGUUGUCCAUCAGGAGCCCAAAGGACUUUAAUUAGGAUUAAAUUCUGCCACUCACUAUAUUGGGCUUCAGUAUUGGUCCCAAAUUGGUAAAUAACAACUUUAGAUUUCAAAAAAUUCAAUAGUAAGGAGCUUUUGUUUAAGAUACAGUAGAACCAAUGUACAAGCAGUUGAUUAAUCAUUGUCUUCUAUUAAAGAAUAAAAACAACUGUCAUGUACCUGUUAUUAAUAUUUUUCCAGGUAACAUCUCUCUGUGACAUGGAUCAUUUUCUGAAUUCUGUUUUUUUCCUGUAGCAUACCCUGUACAACUUGAAUAAAUUUGACAUAUUUUAGUGUAGAAAAUGCAUAUUAAAACAUGAUUUCUAGCUGUGAAAAUAAGUAUACCUGUUACCAGGACUUUUGUGUUGUGUAUUGCUGUGAUCAGUAGUUGUACGAUAAACAUUUACAGUACAAGAACAUGUUUUACAAGGAAAAUUCAUUAUGCCGUUUUGUACACUAUUGUUUGCUUCCUGAAUAUUUUCCAUAUAAUUAUUACACUGCUGUGAAUAUUAUGAAAUUUUCUCGGACAUUCUGACAUAGGUAAGUUAUGUAUAUUGUUUUUACAUCACCAUUUUUAUAUCUGAUAUGUUCAGCCAACAUACAUUUGCUUGACUAGACUAUAAAUGUUAAUCUCCCAUAUAUACUAACAUUUAACUUUAUCAGGAACUGAGUCAAAGUGUGCCUGAAAAAUAUGCCUGAUUAAAUUGAUUUUUAAGCAGUUAUUAUAUACUAUGUGACAUUUCUGGUGCCUUGGAAUCUUAUAUAAGUGUACAUUCAUCAAAUGUUUUAAUAAGGAUAUGGCUCCAAAUUAAUUAUUUACUGAGUGCUUUCUCAUAGAUACUCUUGUGUUUGCAGUAGGUGCCUUUAAAUACUUUUAGCAUUGGCUAUACAGUACUUUCAUUAUUGGAAGCAUUUGUGCUGCUGUGCAGUAGAUUAUACAUGUUGUAAUUUUUCAAUAAUAUAUGAAUUAACAGUUCAAUGAAUUUGGUUUCUGUGACUAGAGAAAUCCAGGUAAGUUUUUUGUUACAGCAGUGGGACAAGAAUAGAUUUUUAUUGAAAUCAAAGGGGUUGUUCCCCCUCUUGAUUUCAUUGGGAAGCUAUUCUGUUAGUGAAAAUAAAUGCACUCCAUUUCACGAGUAAAAUAAUAAUACAUUAAGGGAGAGCUGGUCAACCUAUUGCCGUUGAAUCUCCUUUUGCAGCCAUAAAACUGGCUAUUAUAUAUGAAAAAUGACAGCAUUUUUCCUGCCAUUUCAAGGGAAACGACAAACAAAAACUAUGGAGUUUUGUAUAGCAAGUCCUAUCAAAAUUAGGAACUCCUUGAAUUCCCUUAAAACAUCCUCUUGUCCAAAUAUGAGAAAUGUUCUCCUGCUUUGUAACCCUUUAUUCCUUUAUCCUACAAAAUCCAUUUUAGUGUGACCCUUGACCAUCAAAAUUGCUACUUUUGCAUGAAAUAUAUCACUUGGCAGAUUUUU